AUGUGCGCGUCUACGAUGGGAACGCUGUGGCACCACUGGUCCCCCGUGCUCGUCAGCCUGGCCGCCCUCUUCUCCAAAGUGGUGGCCAGUCGAGGCAUCCUGGAAAGCAUCCAGAGGUUCUCCUUGCUGCCCACCUACCUCCCAGUGACCUACCACAUCCACCAUGCGGACGUGUCCUUCUUCCUGAAGGAAGCCAACCAGGACAUCAUGAGAAACUCCAGUCUGCAGUCGCGCGUGGAGUCCUUUCUGAUUUACAAAUCCAAGAGGUUCCCCGUCCUGAAUGCCAGCUACGGGCCUUUCGCCAUCGAGCAGGUGAUACCCCAGGACUUGAUGCUGCCCUCCAGCCCGUUUGGAUUCACCGGCACGUUUUCCCUGAACUGGAAGCUGAAAGCGCACGUCCUGCGGGACAAGGUCUCCCUGAGCCGGCCCCGCGUGCACGUGCUCUUCCACGUGGUGGGCAGGGACUGGGGCGACGCCGGCCCCGCGCAGCGGCUGCCCUGCCUGCGCGUGUUCGCCUUCCGGGAGACCCGGGAGGUGAGGGGCGGCUGCCGGCUGCAGGGGGCGCUGGGGCUGUGCGUGGCGCAGCUGGAGCUCCCGGCCGGCUGGUUCGGGCCCCCCACGGUGGCGGCGGCCGCGGGGAGGAGGAAGGCGCCCGAGCCCCCCGAGGGCAGCCGCGUGGAGCUCUACUACGCCCUGCAGCCCGGCGACGAGCGCGGAGACUGUGCCGGGGGGAGAGCCGGGGGGGUGCGGACGGGCCGCAGCGACAUCGACGAGUCGGGGCCUCCCUUGCAGAGGAUCGGGAGCGUCUUUCUUUACCAGACGCCGAGCCGGCCGCCCCUGAGAGAGCUGCGUUUGGACGACCACGUGGCCGUGCAGUACGUGCCCAAGACGGCCAGGCAGGGAGACGUGCUGACGUUUCCCGUCUCCAUCUCCAGAAACUGCAGCGAGGACCGCUUCACACUGAGGGUGAAGGUGAUGAAAGGCAUGAACAUCGUCGGGGUGAGAGCCAGCAGCCCUUCCGUGUGGGAGGUUAAGAAGAGCACGCAUCACGGUGGGAAGUACACACCAGCUGUCAUCGUUUGUCAGAAGAAACCGGCUGGCUCGGGAGACAGUGCGGAGGGCGCCUCCUAUGAAGUCAUGCAGAUCGACGUAGAAAUCCAAGAGCCCAGCGACCCGCCAACCACACAGCUCGUUACGUGGCAGGUUGAAUAUCCAGGAGACAUCACGUCUGACUUGGGCGUCUCCAAGAUCUACGUGAGCCACAAGGACCUGAUUGGCGUCAUCCCACUGGCCAUGGAGGCGGAGAUCCUGAACACAGCCAUCCUCACUGGGAAGUCGGUGGCCGUGCCGGUGAAGGUGGUCUCCGUGGAGGAGGACGGCGCCGUGACGGACCUCAAGUCCGUGGAGUGCCGCUCUUCCGAUGAAGACGUCAUUAAGGUUUCUGACAGAUGUGACUACGUCUUUGUCAACGGGAAGGAAAUGAAGGGCAAGGUGAACGUGGUGGUGAACUUCACCUACCAGCACCUGACCAGCCCUCUGGAGAUGGUGGUGUGGGUGCCCCGCCUGCCCCUGCAGAUCGAGGUCUCGGACGCCGAGCUCAACCAGAUCAAGGGCUGGAGAGUCCCCAUUGUCUCCAACAAGAGGCCAGCUGGGGACAGCGAGGAAGAGGACGAAGAUGAGAAGAAAGGCCGGGGCUGCGCUCUGCAGUACCAGCACGCCAUGCUGCGGGUCUUGACUCAGUUCGUGGCCGACGUAGCUGAGCCCGGGGGGCAGCUGGCCCACCUGCUGGGCUCCGAUUGGCAGGUGGACAUCACGGAGCUGGUAAAUGACUUCAUGCAGGUGGAGGAGCCCCGGAUUGCCAGGCUGCAAGGGGGACACGUCCUGAUUGGCCAGGAGCUCGGGAUGACCACCAUCCAGAUCCUGUCGCCUCUGUCAGAUGCCAUCUUGGCCGAGAAGACCAUCACCGUGCUGGACGAGAAGGUGACAAUCACAGACCUUGGGGUCCAGCUGGUGGCAGGGCUGUCCCUCUCCCUGCAGCUCAGCCCUGGGAGCAACAGAGCCAUCUUCGCCACCGCGGUGGCCCAAGAACUUCUGCAAAGGCCCAGACAGGAAGCGGCCAUCAGUUGCUGGGUCCAGUUCAGUGACGGCUCUGUCACCCCCUUGGAUAUUUACGACGCGAAGGACUUCUCCCUGCUGGCCACAUCCCUGGAUGAGAAGGUGGUCUCUAUCCACCAAGACCCCAAAUUCAAGUGGCCUAUCAUCACCGCUGAAGCCGAAGGACAGGGUGCCCUGGUGAAGGUCGAAAUGGUCAUUUGCGAAUCAUGCCAGAAAUCCAAGCGCAAGAGCGUGUUGGCUGUGGGGACAGCCAACAUCAAAGUUAAAUUCGGCCCACACGACGCCAAGCCCAACACCAGUGACAGCAGACACGUGGGGGCAGGAGGUCACCUGGAUAAUAAUGUCGGCGACAGGAGAGCCAGAAAACCCUCGCAAGAAUGGGGGAGUCAAGAGGGAUGGUACCAAGGCAGUUCUUCCGUGGGCCUCAUGGAAGGAAGGGGCUCCACGACGGAAAGGUCCACCUUCCAGAAGAACCGUGGCCAGGAAGGCCUCUGGGAUGAUGACAGCCAUUUACAGACCAUCUCCAUCGACCUCACCAGCUUCCCAGCCCAGGUGGACCUGCCCAGGAGCUAUGGGGAAAUGGAUGAGAAUGGCCUCACACAGGCCUCCAAAGGGCUGAGCGACUUGGAGAUUGGGAUGUACGCCCUGUUGGGUGUCUUCUGCCUGGCCAUCUUGGUCUUCCUGAUAAACUGUGUGACCUUUGCAUUAAAGUACAGGCACAAACAGGUUCCCUUCGAAGAACAAGAAGGUCUGAGUCACUACCAUGACUGGGUCGGGCUGAGCCACCGGGCCGAACUGCUGGAGAAUCACAUCAACUUGGCUUCCUCCCAAGAUGAGCAGGUCACUGCCAUCGACAGGGGCAUGGAUUUCGAGGAGAGUAAGUAUCUCCUCAGCACAAACUCCCAAAACAGCGUCAAUGGACAGCUGUUCGAAUCUUCCGGACCCACACUCACGGAUGGGAAAGACCAGAAAAGCGAGCCCCCGGCGUCCCCUACGUCCAAAAGGAAAAGAGUGAAAUUCACCACUUUCACCAGCGUCUCUACGGAUGAGAGAUGCCCCACCGUGAACUCCAUAGCGGCCGGCAGCGAGGACGCCAUGAACUGGGUCUGCCAGGAUCUGGACCCCGGGGGACGCCACGAGCCACGCGGCUACGUGGAAGGCUUACAUGAAGGCGUGUAA